UACACUAUAAAAUACAAUAAAGUAAAAUAAAAAUAUUUUUUAUACAUAAAAAUGCCAAAAGCUGCCGCUGUUUUUUUGAGUCAAAAACAAAGAAAGAGAAGAGUUCACAUCACUUCACUUCACUUAGCUCUCAAAGUUCCCUGUUGGCGAACGCCGAACAGUUUAAAACAGUGAAUAAUGUAAAGAGGAUUCAUCUAGCUUAGUGUGUGUAUGCUCCAAAGUUUGAGAUUAUCUUCUGUUACGUGCUCAAGGGUUCUGCAUUGACCUGUUAGAGUUGAACUUUAGUUAUGGGAGAGGGGGACACGGUCACGGAAUUAGUUGAGGUAUCUGCCAACAACAACGUGGCGGCGGAAGAUAAGAGUGAAGCCUUCAUGGAGAAGAAGAAUGCCGAAAAGGAUGAAAGAAAGGAAGUAGAAGAAGAGUGCAAAGAAGCUGAUGAGAAGGAUAUCGUGAACAUGGAUAUAGACAAAGAAGCAGUGAAAGAAAAUGCAGAGAAAGCUGACCAGGUAAGCACAGAUGCGGUUGAGACGAUGGACAAAGAAACUGCUGAAAAACCAGAUACACACAAAAAGGUGGCUGAAGAUGUAGCGAAUAAACAGAAAGAAGAAAAAGAAAACCCUGAAGGGCACGACGUUGAGAAAGGAGCAAAGAAGAGGGAUAAAUCUGAGAGUGCUGCUCCGAAGAAAGAUCGGAAGAGGAAAAGGCAAGUGGAGGACAAGAAGGAACCGGAGCCUAAAACACAUGAGAAGGAUAUCGAGAACAUGGAUAUAGACAAAAAAGAGGUGAAAGAAAACAAGGACAAAUAUGCGGAAGAGAAGCCAGAAACCAAGUUUGAGGUGAUGGACAAAGAAACUGCUGAAAAACCAGAUAAAGACAAAGAGGAGGCUGAAGAUGUAGCCGAUAAACAGAAAGAGGAAAAAGAAAGCGCCAAAGAGCAUGACGUUGAGAAAGGAUCAAAGAAGAGUGAUAAAUCCGAGAGGGAUGCUCAGAAGAAAGAUCGGAAGAGGAAAAGGCAAGCGGAGGAGAAGAAGGAACCGGAGCCUAAAACACCUCUGCCUUCAAAAAUUGAACGGCCUGUACGUCAACGCAAAUCUGUUGAAAGGCUGGUUGCAAUUAUUGAAGGAGAAGUCACCAAGGAAAUCAUUAUUGAAAAGGGUCGCGGAACUGCACUGAAGGAUAUCCCAAAUGUGGCAUACAAAUUAUCCAAAAUGAAAGCUGAUGACACUCUCAAAUUGCUACACACAAUUCUCUUUGGACGACGGGGAAAGGCAGCUCAAUUCAAGAGUAAUAUUUCACAGUUUUCCGGCUUUGUGUGGCAUGAAAAUGAGGAAAAACAAAAGAUGAAAGUAAAAGAAAAGCUUAACAAGUGUGUAAAAGAGAAGCUGUUGGAAUUAUGUGAUGUACUCGAUAUACCUGAUGCCGAGGAUACAUCAAGAAAGGAAAACUUAGAAUCACAGUUGCUGGAUUUUUUACUUGCUCCUCAUCCUACGACAUCUGAGUUACUCGCUGAAAAGGACCAGUCAAGUAAAGGAAAGAAGCAUGAAAGAGCGAGCAAAAAGAGUCCUUCGUCAGGUUCAACUAAGAGUAAGGCUGAGAAGAAGAAAAAGAAUGUGAAUGAACUAAACGAUGAUCAGGACGAGGGACAUGAAGUGACAAAGGCUAAUGGUGUUCACGAGGGAACCGAUGGAGAGAUGUCAAAUCAAGCUGAAAGUGAGGAGGAAAGCGGUACAUCUGAAGAAAAAACCAAGAAGCACAAGAAGAAGCGUAAGCGAAGUUCAAAUAAGGAACGUUCAAAUUCAAAGAAAAAUGAUAAUGAUGAUGCAAAUCUGAAAGUGUAUUCAAAGAGAAAUACUACUGAAACGGCUAAGGGAAAGUCAUCUGCACAAAAGAAGCCUGGUUCAAAAGACAAUACUGGGAAAGAAGUUCCGAAUGGGAAGGGCCAUAAGAAAAAAGAUAAAUUGUGGCCAAGUGAUAAGGAACUCAGAAAAGCAAUUUGUGAAGUUCUAAAAGAAGUCGACUUUAACACGGCUACCUUUACUGACAUUGUCCAGAUGCUUGGCAAGCGGUAUGAUACUGAUCUUACACCUAGAAAGACAUCUGUGAAGAAUAUGAUCCAGGAUGAACUCACUAGGUUAGCCGAUGAGGCUGAGGCUGAUGAAGCGGGCGAUGAAGAAAAUGCUGAAGAGGAUGAAAAACAGCCUUCCGUCCAAAGCGUAGAGGCUUGAAAGCAUAGCGCAAACCAAGGAAAGGAAGAAGCCUAUAUUGUCUUAUCUCUAUAUCCGACCCUUUCUUCCCCGGUUGAUGUCUGAAUUGCGGUCUAUAAUGAGCUCGACCGCGUGUAGUUUUAACUCACUGGUUAGUAAGUUGUAGAACUAGAAAUGUCAAGUUUUGGUGCAGGAUUGCAGCUUAACAUGUAAACAACAUUUGUAGUUUGGUAGUGUUUUCAACCUAUGACAUUAAGGGGUAGGAGGGAUAAGGAUAACUGAUUUCCGGAUUAAUUUAGAAAGGAGUUUAUCCGA